GCCAGGCUGAUGAUUUGUAUGGGAACCAGGAUUAAGGUGGGACGAGCCGGCCGAAUGUGGUCGCUGUGUUUGUGAAGAAAGAGAGAAGGCCCACGUUUUUAUUUCCCACCUGGAGCGAUCGGACAGCGGCACUUUGGGAUUUUUCUUUUUCUUCUUUUCGAACAACCGAGCGUUGGAGGAUAACGAGAGAGCAGCUUCCAGGAGAAAAAGGUGGAUUCUUCUCUCAGCCAUCUUGACUGCUGCCCGCCGCCCUGAAGGCUGCUUUCUCCUCCUCUCCUCCUCCUCCUCCUCCUCCUCCUCCUGCUGCUGCUCAGCCGAAAGUAAACACGGCUUGCGCACCGCUCGCAACUCCGUGCGCGAUCCCCCGAGGAGCGAGAUGGGCUCGCCGCGCCGCGUGUAACGGGACCGCGGCGGCGGAGCGGCUGAGGGGGGUUCUCGCCGUCGGUUCGGCAGCCGAAGAGGGGGGACGCGACGCGCCGGAGAGAUGGACCUGUUUGGGAUCCACCUGCUCCUCUCGCUGGCUCUCCUGCCCCGAUCCAGCGGCACCGCGGCCAAGGAGAUCACCUGCCAGGAGAUAGCCGUGCCCCUGUGCAAGGGGAUCGGCUACAACUACACCUACAUGCCCAACCAGUUCAACCACGACACGCAGGACGAGGCGGGACUGGAGGUGCACCAGUUCUGGCCCCUGGUGGAGAUCCAGUGUUCGCCGGACCUCAAGUUCUUCCUGUGCAGCAUGUACACCCCGAUCUGCCUGGAGGACUACAAAAAGCCUCUCCCGCCGUGCCGGAGCGUGUGCGAGAGAGCGCGGGCCGGCUGUGCGCCUCUCAUGAGGCAGUACGGCUUCCCCUGGCCGGACAGGAUGAAGUGUGACCUGCUGCCGGUGCAGGGCAACCCCGACACGCUGUGCAUGGACUACAACCGGACCGACUCCACCACGGUCUCCCCCGUCCUCUCCAAGCCCACCAACCACCCGGGCAAGGGCUACAGUCCGCCCAAGAGCAAGCCUGGCAAACCCGGCGCGCCUGGGAAGUACAAGCCGCCUGCCGCGCCGUGCGAGCCGGGCUGCAAGUGUCUGGAGCCCAUGGUGCCGGUGAACACGGACCGCCACCCGCUGUACAACCGCGUCAAGACGGGCCAGGUCACCAACUGCGCCAUGCCGUGCCACAACCCCUACUUUACGCACGACGAGCGGGCGUUCACCGCCUUCUGGAUCGGACUGUGGUCCGUGCUGUGCUUCGUGUCGACUUUUGCCACGGUCGCCACCUUCCUCAUCGACAUGGAGCGCUUCAAGUACCCGGAGAGGCCCAUCAUCUUCCUCUCGGCGUGCUACAUGUUUGUGUCGGUCGGCUACAUCGUGCGGCUGAUCGCCGGCCACGAGAAGGUGGCGUGCAGCCGCGAGUUCGACGUGGAGCACAUCCACUACGAGACCACCGGGCCCGCACUCUGCACCGUGGUCUUCCUCCUCAUCUACUUCUUCGGCAUGGCCAGCUCCAUCUGGUGGGUCAUCCUGUCCCUGACCUGGUUCCUGGCGGCCGGCAUGAAGUGGGGCAACGAGGCGAUCGCCAGUUACUCCCAGUACUUCCACCUGGCCGCCUGGCUCAUCCCCAGCAUGAAGUCCAUCGCGGUGCUGGCGCUGAGCUCCGUGGACGGGGACUCGGUGGCGGGCAUCUGCUACGUGGGCAACCAGAACCUGGACAACCUGCGCGGCUUCGUCCUGGCGCCCUUGGUGAUUUACUUGUUCAUAGGCACCAUGUUCCUCCUGGCCGGAUUUGUGUCCCUGUUCAGGAUCCGCAGCGUCAUCAAGCAAGGCGGCACCAAGACGGACAAGCUGGAGAAGCUGAUGAUCCGGAUAGGCAUCUUCACGGUGCUCUACACGGUGCCGGCCACCACCAUCGUCGCCUGCUACUUCUACGAGCAGCACAACAGGCAGACGUGGGAGAUCACGCACAACUGCUCCAACUGCCUGCUGGAGCGCGACCGCCGCAGUCCGGACUACGCCGUGUUCAUGCUCAAGUACUUCAUGUGCCUCCUGGUGGGCAUCACGUCCGGCGUGUGGAUCUGGUCCGGCAAGACGCUGGACUCGUGGAGGACGUUCUGCACCAGGUGCUGCUGGGGCAGCAAGGGCACGGGCGGCUCCAUGUACAGCGACGUGAGCACCGGCCUGACGUGGAGGUCGGGCACGGCCAGCUCCGUGUCGUGCCCCAAGCAGAUGCCAUUGUCCCAGGUCUGAAUGGGGAAAACAAAAGCCGCUUACGAGGACUGCUAAUUGUUCGGGAGAUAACCCAUCCCGCCCUGUCUUAACCAAUUUGCAUAGUAAUGACCCGCUGCUGAGGUGUGUGUGUGUGUGUGUGUGUGUGUGUCCCACUCCUGCCUCCUGAGCAUCCACACACACACACACCUCUGUGGGGAGAAGUGGUUGAAACAAUGUACCUGGCAUUCACCGAGGUUAAUUCCUCCCUGUGUGUAUGUAUUAGUGGCACGUGCGGAGGCUUUUUACGCAAACGGGGCAUUACUUGUUGCGAGCAGGGCGACGCGCUCGUCCCCCCAUGAGCUCCAUUCAAAGAGCAUUUGGCUUCUUUUUUUUCUAUUCUUUUCCUCUCUUUUUUUUCUACCAUUUUAUCUACUAUCUAGUGCCAGAUAACAUUGUCCAAUUCAAUCACAUCAAAGACAGUUUAAAUUAAGCCUUAACAGUGCCCAAGUAUUUUGUACGGGUCGUUCGUUGUUGUUUUAUUUUGUAACUUCCAAUGUAUUUAUAUGAGAAGAAAAAAAAGUUAUGUAAAAGAAACCGUGUACAUUUGUGUAUAAAAGAAAACUUUAUAAGCUAUUGUAAAUUUGUACAAAGUGUAGAUGUCUCUUUUUUUGUGACAAAGCAAAUAUGACCUUUAUUUUGGCAAUAAAACAUGUGAUGAAUCUUGA